AUGGAAACAAGGAUUCCGGUUAAAGAAGAAUACCCGGGAGGAGGGUCAUCAUCUUCAUCGUCAUGUCCGAGCACAUGGCAGCCACAGCCGAUCGACCACCAAGCACCGAGGCCGAUGGAGGGGCUGCACGAGACGGGCCCACCUCCAUUUCUGACUAAAACUUUCGAAAUGGUGGACGAUUUUAGCACGGAUAGCGUCAUCUCGUGGAGCAGGGGAGGACAUUGCUUUGUUGUCUGGGAUCCUCAUGGUUUUUCAACCAGUGUUUUGCCAAGAUACUUUAAGCACAAUAAUUUCUCGAGCUUUGUCCGGCAGCUAAACACUUAUUCUCUCCCCCUCUUUCUCGAAGGUGCUUCUGGAAGAAACACAGUGAUCGAAAAUUCCAACAAAUGCCCUCACCCGAAAGGCAUUUUGCAGGGCUUCAGAAAAAUCGACCCGGACAAAUGGGAAUUCGCAAACGAGUCCUUCCACAGGGGCCAAAAGCAACUUCUCAAAAACAUAAGGCGGAGAAAAUCAACACCACCAGCACCCGCACCUGCUUCUCCUGCGUCGCCUGCUCCUUCUCCGUCCCAGCGCCAGCCCACCGUCCCGUGCGUUGAGCUCGGGCGGUUCGGAUCUGACGCGGAGGCCGACACCCUAAGGCGCGACAGGCAAGUUUUACUAACAGAGCUCGUCAAGCUCCGGCAGCAGCAGCAGAUCACGCGAGCGUACCUGCACCAGAUGGAGCUGCGGCUGCAGAGCACCGAGCGGCGGCAGCAGCAUAUGAUGGGAUUCCUGGCUCGGGCGAUGCGGAACCCCGAUUUCAUCAGGAAAUUGGUCCGGCAGAAGGAGGGGAGGCGGCGGCGGGAGAUCGAGGAGGCGGAAGCAGCGGAGGAGGAGGGAGGGAAGAGGCGGCGGCGGCAGAUCGAGUGUCCGGUGAAGGCGGAGAAGGUGGAUUUUGGGGAGGUGUCGGAGCUGGAGGCACUGGCGUUAGAGAUGCAGGGAAUCGGCCGGAAAAGGGGGCAGGGGGAGAUCGAGAGGGGAAAUUACGAGAGGGAUCUUGACGAGGGCUUUUGGGAGGAGCUGUUGAGCGAGGAGAUUACCGGCGACAUUGGGCGGGAUGAGAGGGAAGAAGAAGAAGAAGAAGAAGAUGUGCGUGUGUUGGCGGACAGAUAUUUCUUUUGCUCUCCUUUCCGAGUCUGCAACAUCCUCAGUGACUCCCACAAGCGCGAGAUCUAUGAUUUGUACGACGAGGAGGACCUCAAAUCCGGCCAGUUUUGCUGCCACGCGACAAUGCAUGGGAACCAAGGUUUCGCUACAACAGCCAGCAACAACCAAACUCUAAUUUUCGAUGUGGACGAGGACACUAAGGAUGCUGAUGUGGACAUGCCUGCGUUGGAGGAAGCAAACAUCGAUGUCUAG